CGUUUCGUCAUCAUCCUGCGUCUUUAUAUACGUCACUGUCCCGGAUGUCGUUCUUUUUUUCAUAGCAAAGAUGGCAGAGGGAGACAAAAAGCAGGUGAAGAAGAAGCACGGGAGCCGUAACCCGGUUCUGGCCCGGGGAAUCGGUCGUUACUCCCGUUCGGCUAUGUAUGCCCGCCGUGCUAUGUACAAGAGGAAGACCAAGACCACUGAGACUAAGAUGGAGAAGAAGAUUAAAACGAGGCCGCAAGCCACAGUUGUGAAGACUGUCGGUGGGGACAAAAAUGGAGGCACCCGUGUUGUCAAGCUGCGUAAGAUGCCCCGCUACUACCCUACGGAAGAUGUUCCUCGCAAGCUGAAGAGCCAUGGCAAAAAACCCUUCAGCCAGCACAGGAGAAAGCUUCGCUCCUCCAUCACCCCAGGAACGGUCCUCAUCCUGCUCACUGGUCGCCACCGUGGAAGGCGUGUGGUCUUCCUGAAGCAGCUCGCAAGUGGUCUCCUGCUUGUCACUGGCCCUCUUGCCUUGAACAGAGUCCCCUUGCGCAGGGCUCAUCAGAAGUUUGUCAUUGCCACCAACACCAAGGUUGACAUCUCUAGCAUGAAGCUCCCCAAAACUCUCAAAGAUGCCUACUUCAAGAAGAAGAGGCUGAGGAAGCCCCGCCACCAGGAGGGCGAGAUCUUUGACACGGAAAAGGAGAAGUACCAGCUGACUGAGCAGCGGAAGGAGGACCAGAAGGCAGUGGAUUCUCAGCUCCUGCCUCUCAUCAGGAAAGUUCCUCAGCUGAGAGGAUACCUGCGUGGCUCCUUCUGCCUGUCUAAUGGCGUUUAUCCACACAAGCUGGUUUUCUGAACAUGUUUAAAUAAAGUCUCUCAGCCAUUU